AUGACAGUCACGGAAAACAGACCUUGAUUCUAGGUAAGGAUACUGCAGUUACAGAAACCAGUUUUUUGUUGGACUGAUUUAAACUCAGGUUCUAGAAAAAGUUUUCGUUCACCUUUGAAAAACUUUGGCACAGAAGAAAGAGAAGCCAUGAGGCAAAGGAUUUUUGCAGUGUUUUUCAGCUGUUUACUCCUUGUCCUUACUUUUAUUGCUUUACAUGCAAGUUUUCAAUAUUUUCCUAAGGUUUCCUUUUUGAAAAACCUACCAGUUUUAAGUCAAGCAACACUGAGACCCACGGUUUCUCUGGAUGACACACUCAAUUAUGAGGCCAGGCAAGAUGUUCAGACACGCACAUCAUGGAAUGCUCCUAUAAUAUGGGAACUCAUGUUUGACCCCAAUUUUUAUGACAAGAAGCACCUGGAGGCAAAAACAACUGUGGCUCUAACUGUGUUUGCAGUCGGAAGGUACCUGGACGCUUACUUAAACACCUUUUUGACUUCGGCAGAAAAACACUUCAUGGUUGGACUUCCUGUAACCUUCUAUGUGUUUACUGAUCAACCAGAAAAAGUACCAAACAUCACUUUAGCUCCCCGGCGACACCUGAAAGUGAUCAAGGUGGAGAGGUACAGCAGGUGGCAGGACAUUUCAAUGAUGAGGAUGAAGACCAUAUCAGAAAUAAUUGAAAAAGAGCUCCGUCACAACUUCAAUUAUGUCUUUUGUUUGGAUGUAGAUCAGGAAUUUAAGGGGCGCUUCGGCUCUGAGGCUCUCGGGGAGUCUGUGGCUGUGCUGCACGUCUACUAUUACAAACUUCCAAAGACACAGUUCACCUAUGAUAGAAACCCCAAAUCCAAAGCUUACAUGGAAGAAGGAGAUUACUAUUACCAUGCGGCAGUCUUUGGAGGGUCAUGUGAUGCAGUUAAAGCAUUGGCAGAUUAUUGCUAUUUGAACACAAUGGAGGAUAAACUGAACAAUGUUGAAGCUUUGUGGCAUGAUGAGAGUCAUUUAAACAAGUAUUUCUGGCUUAACAAACCCAGCAGAAUACUUUCUUCUGAGUAUUGCUUUGACCCACGGAUUAAUUACAUGACUGAAGUUAUAGUCCAUCGCUUAGUAUGGGCACCAAAACAAUAUGCAAAACUUCGCACUUAGGGCAAAUAUUUAGGAAAGGUUGAGGACAAAACAAAAUACCUCAUAUACAGUGAGCGCUGAUGUAUUUUAUAUCUCAGGGCAAGAUAACAAAAAUUUGCAUGGUUACUUAAGACAUGAGAAAGUAGGAGAUAGGUCACUUAUUUGAAAAACGUUUAAAUAUUCAGACAUGGUCUGGGGUAUGCAUUCCCGAGGCUCUGGAGCCGCAUUUGGAUCUUUUACUCCUUCAUUGUGGCUCUCUGGUUAAAGAAAAGUAAAAAGGGGUUUGUGGUCUUAGGUGCUAUUUUAGAUGACCCCACC